UGUCACCAACAAGUGGUGUCUCACGGAGCACACCGAGUCAUGAUCUACUAUCCUUAACGCUCACCCCUGAACUGCCCGACUUGGGCAGCUGCGAAUUGGAAUUCCGCUGUCGUCAAGUUGUCAGCUGCAAUGCUACCCCUCGCUGCGGCAGUUCUGCUUCUUAUUCCCCACCUGGGCAACGCUAACCCCAGAGUCGCAAGGUUGGAGAGAGAAGAAAUUCCGCACAGGCCAAGCCCGUGUGUAUCCUUGUUCAUCCGUACGGUGAUCUCACACAACACACAGCCGUCCUGUCGUGUAAAUAAUAAAAGUUGCAGACUCGGGGAGUGCCUUACCACCACCAAGGCAGGUCGGGAUUACCUAGUACCUACUUGCUACGUUACAGAAGACCGACACGCGUAUCACACAGUGCAGUGCCUGCUGCCACGUAUCUGCCUGAGUGCAGUGGUGUGGACUGUAUCCCUCUUUCCUUUAUGUUCAGUCGCAUUUUCUCCAGAAGCAGGCUUGAACCAACAACCCCCGGCAGAUGUGACAUUGUCCAACUCGAGGAAGAAAACUACGGGUUACAGUAGAGGACGAAGCGCAAAGUUCCGAGCAUUGGGGGAACGAGAAACAGCUGGGGUCCAUCCGUACGACUUUUGCAACCAGGUUCACCGGGGCGCCGAGGCGAGGCUCUUCGGGUUCCGGGACAUCCAUUCUUGCGCACCUGCCACCGGAAAUAAACAUCCACUGCGAAUCAAUCAAAUUCCAGGGUCUGCCUUGUUGCUUUUGGAGUGUUUGACAGUUGAUGAGUCCAACGGUCAGAUAUGGUCUUGCUGAAUACGCACCCCCUCUUCCCCUCUCCGUUACGAGAUGAGAUAUCGUUCACGGGUUGUCCUGAUCUCACUUGUUUGCUUCAAGCUGAGACAUACGGUGAGUAAGGUUGUCGAAGCUCCCCUGCCGAGCCCCUUAUGUACAUACGAAUCCCGCGAGCCGCCCAAAAGAGAUGGUGCGACGAUUCGCAAUGCAGGAGCGCUUCACGACCC